AUGGGUUGCGGCGAACACUCCCAUGAUGCUUUGCGUCUGAUAGUUUUAAACAUGGCGGACCCCUACAAAAUUGGAGACCUGGUUUGGGCUAAGAUGAAAGGUUUCUCACCAUGGCCUGGUAUGAUUAUACCAGCCAAAGAAAAUGUCAAAAAACCGAGCAAGAAAAAUUGUCAUUUUGUUUACUUCUUUGGAAGUGAAAACUAUGCAUGGAUGGAGGUUUCUAGUAUGAAGCCUUAUUUCCAGUACAAAGCUCGCCUUAUGAAUGCUAAUAAAACUGCACCAUUUCAAGAUGCUGUUGGAAAGAUUGAAGCUUACAUUGUUGAAAAUAAUGUACAGGUUCCAGAUCUUCCAGAGCCAAAUAACACCAAUCAUGAUGACAGUGACAAAGAAAGUACGUCUUCUAAAGAGAAGAAAACUAAACCAAACAAGACUUCAACUCCAAAAAGAAAAUCUGUGGGCGACUCAGAAAAGGGCUCUAGUGCCAAAAAGAUGAAAAUUGAGUCAAGAUUAAAAGAUUCAAUCACUUCGUCUCCGAGUUCUCACCAUGCUAAAGCAAGAGUCUCAGCCCUCCUAAACAGACCACCCAUGGAAAGACUGGAUACACCACCAUUAGAUGUCUCCUAUGUGACUCAGACAUUAAAAGACAAAAAGAUUGAACCUUCCUCAUUAACGUUCGGCUUUUUGGGCUUAGGCAUUAUUGGCUCUGGGAUUGUCAAGAACCUAAUCAACAGUGGGCACAAUGUUAAAGUGUGGAACAGAUCAGCAGAGAAGUGUGCAGACUUCGUUGCAGCUGGGGCCAAAGAGAUGAUGACUCCUUCCGAUGUCAUCAAUGCUGCUGACAUCACAUUUUCGUGUGUGUCUGACCCCCAGGUGGCGAAAAACACUGUUUUUGGUAACUGUGGUGUGCUACAGGAAAUGUCUGCAGACAAAGGAUAUGUAGAAAUGACUGGUAUAGAUGCAGAGACUUCUCAGGAUAUAGCUGAGGCAAUUAAUAGCCGUGGAGGACGUUACUUGGAAGCUCAGGUGCAGGGAAGCAAAGUCCAAGCAGAAGAAGGGACAUUAGUCAUUUUGGCAGCUGGUGACCGAAGCUUAUUUGACGAUUGUCAGAGUUGUUUCCAAGCAAUGGGCAAAAAUUCAUUUUAUCUAGCAGGUGAGGUUGGCAAUGCUAGCAAGAUGAACCUUGUGCUUCAGGUUAUGGCUGGUGUAACUCUUGCUGGGUUAGCUGAGGGUAUGGCACUUGCUGAUCGUGCAGGCCUACAACAGAAAGAUGUGAUGGAGAUCAUGGAGUUAACAGCUUUAGCUUGCCCUCUCAUGAUAGAGAAGGGAAAAGCAAUUAUUGAGGGUGGCUUUCCAACUCACUUGCCACUUCAGCACAUGCAGAAGGAUCUUCGUUUAGGGAUGUUGAUGGGUGACUCCUUGGAGUUACCACUCCCCCUCACAGCAGCCACAAAUGAAGUUUUCAAACAUGCAAAACGACUAGGUUAUGGGGCCCAUGAUGUAUCUAGUGUGUAUAUUCGCACACGUUUCUAACAGAAGAUUUACCGCUGUCGUUUUUCUAUGCGGAUCUUGACACUGGUUGCAAAAUUGGUUGAAAAUCACCAGCAUCAUAAUUGUGCACACUUGAACCUUCCAUAAUGUAAUGAAGAUUUCAUUUUUACCAUUUGAUAUUUUUGUCAUAAAAUGGUAGAAGUGUUGCACUCAUUCCAAUGCAAAAUUCCACAGUUUCUCUAUGUCACUACCAUAGACUAAAUAUGCUCUACCUUCAGGUUUAUUGGGCACUUUUGGAGGCGUUUUAUGUAUAAUAUACUGUUGAAGGAAUUCUACCGAGGCAGCCUCUCUCUGCUGGGUUGUCACUGUAGAUGGUUAAAGCUGUGUUUCCAAGUGCACAAGAUUUGGCUUUGGGUGUAGGUGAUUUCCAUAUUGUGACUGCAGUUUAGUUGUUUAAUUAUUUUUACAACAUGGAACAAGCUUAUUAAAGAAUUUUAGAUAAUAUUGUUUUUUAUGUUAUUUGGUGCUAAAGUUGUUGUCAUAUUAUGGAUUUAAACCACAUGUACUACUGAAAUAAGAAAAUUUUGUACAAAGAAGUGCACCUACAUGAUGAAAGUUCAAUUAGUAAUGUAAUUGCUUCCAAGGCACAGAUGCCAUGUCUUCAUUGUCUCUGUACAGUUGUAAAGUAUGUCAUUCAGACUAUUGACAUAUAAUAAUUAAUGUCAGCUGAAACCUCAGUUUUAUUUUUGUUCUAUAAUUGGUGACUUGAAUUUCAGUAAAAGAAACUGCCUAUGUAUCAAAGUUUUGUCACCUAGAGCUCCAGUUAUGCCUUCAUGUGGAAGAACUAUUCAAGCCAGGUAGAUGUUGCAUUUUUUAUGUAAACUCAUUUUAAUAUUCACUGAAAAUUAGACUUUUAGGCCUGAUUUUAUAACCAUGUGACAUGUAUUUUUUAAAUGAGGUGCAAUUCAUUAUUAUAAGUAGUUGGGGAUAUGUGAUUGUUUGUUCAAUUAUUGUCAUUUUAUUCCAUUCCUUCUGUUGCGUAUGUUGUGUUUAAGUUUGAAGGAUGAGCUCUUUACAGUUUUAUAGUAUAACUGUGGUUCAAUGUAUUCUUUAAUUGUUUGAUGAAAGGUAGAGAUUCGAAGAUGUACCUAAUUUUGCCACUGGAAUAAAGAUGAUAAUUUUGAGUUCUCAUAUCAUAUCCCUAUCUCAAAGCAGAGCCUUUAAUAAGUUUAAUGUGCAGAGAAUCUACAGUCUUCACUUCAGUACAAGGACCCUCCUAAGCAUUUUUAAAUUUGCAAGAGAAACCAAUCUCUGAAAGUUUUAGACAUCUACAGAAAUGUGUUGGUUUUGCUAGAAAUUCAGAUACGUCUAAAAAUGUUACAAACAUGCUUUAUAUGUGUGUAAUAUUGCAAAAGAAAAUAUUCCUUACUGUUCCUAACUUUAGUGAGUCAUAAAGGAACUGAUGUUGAAGUAUACUUUAAAUAUGAAAAUGAAUUUAGAUUUUUAUUAGAUUUAUGUUGCAUAAGACAUUUUUUAAUAGUGAGACAUUUAUUUUUCAAUUACAUAAUAGGUAUGAAAGGGAUCAUGAGAUGUUUGGUACUUGAAGUUUUUUUUAUAUGAAUGUCAGAAUGAGGUCAUUGUAAAAUAUAUCUUUAUUUUAGGCAUACUAUGUAGAGCAAAGUUUAAUUGUAAUUUGAAGACCAAAAAUUUACAAGAGAAAUCCAAAAUUUUUUAAAUUUAUCUUUGUCUUUGAAUUCUCUUUACAGAUACAGUAUACUGUGGUCCCCCCAUAUUCUGAAUUUUCUUUACAGCUACAGUAUACAUUGGUCCCCCCAUAUUUGUGGGGGACACAUACCAGGCCACUGCCGCCGCCGCCCCCUAACUCCCCCCCAGCAAAUAGUUGGAACCCCCAAUAAAAACACUUAAAACAGCCUAUUGUGUCAGUUAAAACUCAAGAAAACCCCACUAAAAAUUUAUAUACGUACUUGGCUUUUUUAUCUAGUUUUAUUACAGUAAGUGCAUGUUAUGAUGAAAUUGAUAAAAAAAACUAAUUUAUGGAUAUUUCUCUUAGAAAAAUACCGCAAAUAAGCAAAUUUUCCGCGAAUACUGGGGAGAGUUCCAGAAAGAAAUCCACGAAUGCGUGAGUCUGCAAAUCUGGUGAACGCGAAUACGGGGGGUCCACUGUACAUAAACGCACCACUAUGAAUUAUCAAAGAUUUAGUUUUAGUGUACAGUAUUUCUGACAUUUAUUUGUGUUUGUCUUGAAGUAACUUUCAAAUAUAGGAAAGCUUCAGGGGUACACAAACAAUCAACUGCUGAAAUUUUAUUAGGAAGUUAUGAUGUGAAGAACUUCAAGAAUUGCAUUAUACUUUUUGAAGUCAUUCAUAUUUCAUAUGUCUGUUUUACUGGGUUUGUCCUUGGAGGUUGAAUAAAUUCAUUCACUUAGGUAAUUUAGGACAUAAUGCUCAUGUCUGUUUUUAUGUGACUACCGCCUUUGUGAUCAGAUGUAAUAAUACAUCUGGUGAUAUCUGUAUCCCAUCUAUCAUUCACUUUGAAAGGGUGGAUUGAUCUGCAGAGUACCUUUGAAGCAGGCCAUGAAGUUUUAAAUCUUAUCAAAUUGAAUUGUUUGUAGUUUACCUCUUGAUUUUCAGUAAUAUAUCCUGGUUUUUCAUGAUUGUUUCAAGACUGAAAUGAGGCUUGCAAGUCAUUUCAUAGGGCUCUGUGAUCUUCAUAAUUUUACAAGUCAGAUUUGUUUCAACACUGCAAUGGGACUAACAAGUCACUUUGUAGGGCUCUGUGUUCUUCGUAAUUUUAUGAGUCAUAGUUUUAAUAUGUUUAGUAAUAAUGAUGAAAGCAGAUAACUGCUGAAAAUUUCUUGCUCAUUUUUCAGUUGCACUUAACAUUUGUCAGCAAUACAAGGAAAUAAUUGUUGUUCCUCUCAUGUUUUAAAAGUUAAUAGUAGAUGCAUCAUUGAUUUUGGUCCUCUGUUUUACAGUCUACUGUACCAGUACUGGUAGUUUUUUAAGAGACACUAAACUGUGGAAUUGUUGUUAGCUUCAAAAAGAGAUGAUACACCUUCACAACCAAACAGAUAAGAACUGAUAUUUAUAAUAAGAAUAUAUUAAGCACAGGGUUUUUAAAAAAUUGAAAAUUAUAUAUAUAUAUAUAUAUGAUAUAUUUUUUAUUUUUAAAAUAUUUUAAGGUUUAUAUUGAGAGUGUUAUGCAUUUUAGUGAAGUGAUGUAGAGUUGGUUUCUAUUAGAUGAAAGCAGCCCUUUUCUAUAAAAGUUUUCAAGUUAAUAGAGACCUAUGUGAAAGUUUUGAGUUGGAUAGUUUGGCCACAGAAGGGUUAUCAUCUCUUGCACUAUAUUCAUAAACUGUUUAGAUAUUUUGAGUCUAUGUAAUAUUGAUUUAAAAACCUCUUCUCCCACUCACACAAACACAUUUAAACCUUGUCUUGUUUAUGACUACCAAUAUAUUUUGUACUAGUUUAGAUGAAAAUGAGAUUUUUUUAUAAAGUUCCAAUAAAACGAUUGUGUA